GGAGCUGGGGAGAUUCGCCAAUCGGUGCGGGCUCCGGUUGUCCCCAGCCCCGGGCCCGGGCAGCUGGGCACCCGGGCGCAGUUCCCCACCCGGUGCGGACUUCGGAACCCGCCGGAGGACUGACGGGCGCCGCCCCGCGAGCGCAUCUCCGCUGGACCCGGCGCCCCGGCCGGUCCGUUCCCGGCGAGGAUGCGCGCCCUGGCUGCCCUGGACGCGCCCCCGAGCGAGCGGCUACUUCCCCGGGACCCCGAGGCUCCCCGCGACCCCGACGCCGCGCGGCCAGCGCGCAGGAGCGCAGUGGAGAGGCUGGCGGCCGAUCGCGCCAAGUACGUGCGGGGCCCGGGGGCGGGCCGGGGCGCAGCUUCCGAGGGCAUCGGCCCCGGAGCGGUCAAGUGCCUGGGAACCGACCCUGGGCCCCCGGCCCGCGCCCCUGCCCCGGUGGCGCGCAGGGCUAUUGCGCGGAAGCCGCUGAGACCCGACUCGCUGAUCAUCUACCGCCAGAAAUGCGAGUUCGUGCGAGGACCGGGCGCCGACGGCCGCAGGGCGAGCCUGGUGAAGAAGCUCUUCCAGGGGCCAGGCAAGGACAAGGCGCCGGUGCCCCCUGAGACUCCCCGUACGGGCGAGGAGGGCAAGGCCGGGAACCCGGAGACCGUCCCCACCAAGCCUGACCCCGCAGCGGCCCCCGCGCCCCCCGAGACCUCAGCCCCCUCCGCGCGCUCCGGCUCCGCGGCGCCCUCCAGGGCCCCGGCCGCGCCCCCUGGCCCAGAGCCGCGCGUGGUGAGGCGACGGGGUCUGCAGCGCUCGCAGUCGGACCUCAGCUCGCGCUACUCCGCCGCCCUGGAGUCUGACACCUUCUUCCAGUACUGCGGCCUGGACCCCGAGGUGGUGGAGGCCCUGGGCAGGGAGAACUUCACCGCGGGGUCGGACCGCGUGACCCUCAAGGUGCGCAGCGUGAGCGUCGCCACCUCCGGCAGCGGCUUCUCCCGGCACAGCGGCGGCGGCGACGACGGGCUGCAGGAGGAGGAGCUGGUGGAGCAGGUGCCCAGCACCACCUCGGUGGUCGAGAGGAACGCCCGCAUCAUCAAGUGGCUGUACACCUGCAGGAAGGCCAAGGAGACCCCCGGCCAGGGGCUGCAGGGGCCGGCGUGACCGCCUGCGCGGGAGCGGAGCGGGGCCCAAGGAAGCAAACCUUUCCAAUGAUGAAGACUUCUUGAAGGAUUUCAUGGGUAACUUGGGAUCCCAGGGCCAUUUUGCCAGUAUGCCUAGGUGACCACGUGAUUGCUGUUUUCCCAGAAAUACAGCGUCCCAUUGACAAAGCUUACGUGCUCUCAGAAGGUUUCAAAUACAACAGAGAAUAUGGGAACACAGAUUUUGAAAUUUAGCUGAAUUGUAAUAGCUGAAUCUCUAAAAGGCAUUUUCCUUGUCUGAGGUGAAACUAGCAUUGCUUCCAGAGGGCAGCUGGAAACCCUACAGCCGUUUGGAAAUCUUUUUGACUGACUUGCUGACUAAAAGGUACUGUGAUACAUUUUAACAAUAUCUAGGUUGAUUUUUUUUAAAUCAAGGAAAAUGAAAACCAAGCAUGAAUGCCACGUUAUGUGCUCCUUUUGACCAUCCUGGGCUGAUUAGCAUCAUUUAAAUCAAAGUAACCAUGAAAAGGUAUAUUCUGUUUCAAUUCUGUGGCCAAAAAAGAGUAAACACACACAGGCUCAGACACACUGACCCCACUUGCCAGAGCAUUACUGCACUAUAAACUACAUUUAAAUCCCAAACUAUACUACUGUGUAUCUUAUUUAACAAAUCAGAGAACACUUUUAAAAUAACUUGAGGACUACAAGGUCAUUCUAUUAAUGGCAUUCUCCGUUUGGGUUGUAGGCAUGUGGAAGUACCCAUUAAAAGAUAAAUUAGAGUUUAAAUACUGAUCAAUAAAACCUCUUGUAACUGGACAGUUUCUGGAGAGUUGGAAGAAGAAUCUUGAGUUUCCUUUGGUCAGAUGAAUACAGCAUUUCACUUUUGCAGCACUAUUUAGAAUGCACUUCAUAGUUCUCUUGUUCCCAACUUCCAAAAAGAACAGAAAACUGGUUUACACGGAACAGAAGCAUCUGAGGCAGGGCCUCUUCCCUGUCCUUUGAUCUGACUCACACCUUCACAUAUGACAUAAUCAACCCAAAUUUGACACCAAUUCACUCUUUUCUACGAAGAGGAUAUUCUGAAACAAGGGACAGCCUAAGGGUGGCUGGAAUGAGAGUGUUGAUGGGGGUUACCGGGUCCCUGAUUCUGAACUUGUUCAUGACACCCACAGAACCUUCUGAGAAAUAAUCCAAAGAAAAUUUGUUACCCAGCCAAUUCUUCAAGAGCUUACUAUCAAAAUAUAUCUUUUCAAGAAGAAAAUCAUUAGCGAGAAGAAUGUGGAGGGCAGAGAAGUGGGUUUCUCAUUGAUAUCAUAUUUUGUUAACCAUUUCAUUUUGAAUUAUUCAAGUCUUGGUUAAUAUUGUAUUCUAUUUUUGUAACUAUUUUACUGUGAGAGUAGGUCAUUGGGUUACUUAGAUAUUUAUUUUUACAGUUAUUUGUCUUCAGAUAGUUUUAUUUUACUUCAUAUGAUUUUAGUUUUUAUCAGUAUAAUUUUAAAUCAUGUUUUUCUUGGUCAUCUCUGUAUAUAUUGUAUAACUGAAUUUUUAUUGUUUGACUGCAAGUGGAGUGUUUGCCACUCAAUAAAGUUCUCAGUACUGUAGUGACUUGUUUUCAAAUAAGUCCCAGAUAGAUGUUUGGGAGCCUUUGCUGGCCACCAGAUGCACCUUUCUGAAUACAGACUCUGUCAGGACAGCAGGUCCCCUGAUCUAAGCAUUUUCCCCAAUGGUUGCUCUAAAAAUGCUGCUGUUUUUGUGUUCACUGUAUUGCACUUAGUUAAAAAAAAAAAGAUAAUGUUAAAAUGAGAGCAAUUUUUUAAAGGACCUUGUCAUAUACUCAAUUCCUUAUUUUCAGAUGUCCCAUUAAUUUUAUAUAUGAAGGCUUUCUGUAAAAGUUUCUACUGUCAGAACAGGAUGGAUGCAGCCUGGGGCAGAUUUAUUUAAGAUCAAAAUGGUGCAGACUCAUCAUUCAUAUCAUAGGGAAAAAUAUAAAAACAAAGUGGUUUCCACUAAAACCACCAAGAUCUUUUAGAACUGUUUGCAUCUUCGGUGGUGGCAUAGGAAAAGAGAAGAAUUCAGCUGGAGUAAAUUCUAGAAGUAGAUAUCAGAAACGGACAUGAAGAACAGGGGAACUGGGUGGCAUCAGACUCCUAAAGAAGUGAGUUAAUCCUCCUUCCCUUCCAUUUAGAUUCAUGUCUCAGCUCCACGUUUUGAGUAUGUGUAAGAUGUGAGAAGUUCUUUCUUCAGCCAGGGGUGGUGACUCACGUCUUUAAUCCCAGUGCUUUGAGAGGCCAAGGUGGGAGGAUCACUUAUGCCCAAGGGUUUAAGGCUGCAGUGAACCAUGAUUGCACCACUGCACUCCAGCCUGAGUGACAGAGCAAGACCCCGUCUCUAAAAAUUAUGUAAAAAGUAAAACUAAAGAACGUCUUGCCUAAACCUGAAUUACUCCAAUUUAAUGAGUGACUUUGAGAAAAAUCAGACUUUAGUUCAGUCUGGAUGAAAAGAUUCUGAUUGCUUUCCACAGGAAUGUGCCACAGUGACAGCCGCAAGAUGCUUGUAUUUGUUCAUGAAAUAAUGACACUUUUAAAAAAUGUAAUUAAACAUAAUGAAAAAAUGAUUGAUAGAGCAAAGGAAAUAACAGUAGUCUUUUUCACUUAUAUGUGGGUAUGAUCAGCAAUGCCUUAGAGUAAAAGGUAUUCAUGUACCUAGCUGGUUUCCUGGUUAUGUGUA